AAAAAUAAGCCAAAUAUUUGCAGCAGAACCUUUGUACUUCUAGGAGGACAGACUAGAAGUUCUGAAACGACACAGAGGAAGCAGAUACGGUAGAUUGCGAAGUUCAACAUCAUGAGCACUGCAGGGAAAGUCAUUAAGUGCAAAGCUGCCGUUGUCUGGGAAGUCAAGAAACCAUUUAGUAUUGUGGAAAUAGAAGUUGCCCCACCUAAGGCACAUGAAGUUCGUAUUAAGAUUUUGGCGUCUGGAGUCUGUCGCACCGAUGACCAUGUGCUGAAUGGGGAAAUGCAGGCUAAAUUCCCCAUUAUUCUUGGUCACGAGGCAGCUGGUGUUGUGGAGAGCGUUGGGGAAGGGGUUACCUGUGUGAAACCAGGAGACAAAGUUAUCCCAUUUGGUAUCCCACAGUGUGGAGAAUGCAGCGCAUGCAAACAUCCCAGAGGCAAUCUGUGCAAAAUGUGCGACCUUGGCGGCUCUGGAUUAAUGCUCGAUGGCACCAGCAGGUUCACUUACAAAGGCCAGCAGAUCCACACCUUUUCCAGAACUAGCACCUUCUCAGAAUACACCGUGGUGCAUGAGUCUUCGGUGGUCAAAAUUGAUGCUGCAGCGCCUCCAGAAAAAGUGUGUCUGAUUGGCUGUGGGUUUUCUACUGGCUAUGGCGCUGCCAUCAACAGUGCAAAGGUGGAGCCUGGUUCAACCUGUGCCGUAUUUGGUCUGGGAGGAGUUGGCCUCUCAACUGUCAUGGGCUGCAAAGCAGCUGGAGCCACCCGAAUCAUUGGGGUCGACAUCAACAAGGAUAAAUUUCCCAAGGCUAAAGAGAUGGGAGCUACAGAGUGUGUCAACCCUCUGGAUUUCAAGAAGCCCAUCAAUGAAGUGCUGUUUGACUUGACAGACGGUGAAGGUGUUGACUAUUCAUUUGAAGUGAUUGGGCGCACAGACACCAUGACUGCUGCCUUGGCUUCCUGCCACAUGAAUUAUGGUACCAGCGUGGUUGUCGGAGUGCCCCCUUCAGCUUCUGAAAUUACCUUCUCUCCACAACUUAUCUUCACGGGGCGCACUUGGAAAGGAUCUAUAUUUGGAGGUUGGAAAAGCAAAGAUGCUGUCCCCAAGCUGGUUUCAGAUUUCAUGGCAGGGAAGUUUGCUCUGAAUCCACUAAUUACUCACACUUUGCCUUUUGAUAAAAUCAACGAGGGCUUUGAAUUGCUGCGCUCAGGAAAAAGUAUUCGCAGUGUCCUGGUAUUUUAAAGUCCAUGGUGAUGAGGAAGAAUACAAGACCUUUGCAGGCUCAGAUUGCCACAUUGCCUAGCAGGACAUAUGUGAAAAUGACUGGACUCUGCAAUGUCGUCACUGGCAAUGCUCAUUUAUCAACAUGUGGAUCUCUCCCAAGACCGUCAUGUUUUUCCUCCAAAUGCAACAGAAGAAAAUUACCAUAAACACAAUCUUACGUUGUGAUUCAAACUA